AUGAGUGAAUUUGAGGCAAGAUUUUCAGAGAGAAAACAGCACUUUUUAGAGUCAGCAAGCAAUGAAGAUUUGAUGAAAAGACAUAAUGAGUACACAAUUGAGCUUAGACGAAAAAAAAGAAACCAACAUCUCGCAAAAAGAAGAGCUCUCAUAUCUGGGUCCACAAAUAAUUUAGACUUCGAUGGGGAUGAAAUUUUAGUUUUUGGCGAAAUUUCUGAAGAAUUGCUUGCAUAUUGUCCUGAUCUUAACAAUGAAAACUUAGAUGACCUUUCUAAAUUAGCAAUAAUCAAAAAAGCCAUUGAUAGUGAUCCGCCACAGGAUAUACUUUUGCAUGCUAUUUGAACUGUGAGGAAUAUAAUUUCUAUGAAACAUGGCCCACCUAUUGGAGCUUUUUUAAAUCUUGGGUAUGGGGAAACCUUGAUUAAACUGUUAAGCUAUGAUUAUGGGCUUAGAAUCCCUUUAGAAGCUUCAUGGGCCUUAUGCAAUUUGGUAUCAGGCCCUCACGAGUACGUAGAGUCUUUGGUGAGAUCUGAUAUAAUCCCAGCUCUGCUGAAGCUUACUUGCCCUGAGUGUCCUUCAGUCGCUGAACACACAUUAUGGGCAUUAUCAAAUAUUUCUGGCGACUGCCACGAGUACCGCCAGGUUUUGAUAAAUUCAAGCUAUAUCGAGCUUCUACAAGAAAUGAUCACUAGGACUCGCAAUAUUUCAAACGUCCUCAUAAAGGUGAUUUCCUGGUGUGUAUCUAACUUAUCCAGAGGAUCAGACUACAUUCCAUAUGAGAAGCUGCAAAGGAUUAUUGAUAUUAUCAAUCAGUUGAUAGUGAUAGAUGACCAUGACAUUCAUUCUGAAUGCUUAUGGGCACUCGCAUAUAUCAGUAAAAAUGAAAAUGAGAAAGUGCAAAUGGUUUUGGACUCUGGAUAUAUAACCUUCAUUAUAGAUGGGCUAAAAGCAAACUCAGAAAGCAUUGUGAGUGCUUGCGUAAGGCUUGUAUGCAAUAUUUCUUCAGGGACUGAUUCUCAAACACAAAAAAUAUUAGACGAAAAUAUUCUUGAUCUACUGCAAAAUCUAAUGCAAAGUGAUAAUGACUUAAUGGUAAAAGAAAUCUAUAUGGCAAUUAGCAACUUUGCUGGUGGAUCAAUUAGCCAAGUUAAAAUUCUAGCAGACCAUCCAAUUUUUAAACUUUCCUUCCAAGGACUUAUACAUCGAAGCCAAGAGGUAAGAAUCGAAGCAAGCCACAUUUUCAAGAAUUUUUGUUUGGUUGGGAGAAAUGAAAAACUGCAGCUUAAGCUAAUUGAGCUAAACUUCCAUGAAAUCCUCCAAAGAUGCUUCGAAGAAUCAGAUGCUACUUUUUUACUUACUCCCCCCCCCCCCCCUCCGUGAGCGAACAAAAAAAUUUUGUUCGCUCACGGAGGGGGGUUAAUUUUUUUUUUUUAAAAAAAAUUUAUAUAUAAAUUUUAUAAAAAAUAUUUUUUUUCGAAAUUUAAAAAAAUCCUAAUUUGCAAAAAUUGGGAAGCAAAUAUUAAUUUAAUUUGCAAAAUUUAUGUUUUAAAACGCAAUUUGUUUAAAAUUAAACAGAAUUAGCUCUAGAUUUCAUUAUACUAAUUAUCACUUAUAUAUCAAAAUUUUUUUCCAUUAAAAAUUUUUUUCUAUUAAAAAAAAUUUUUGUUCACUCACGGAGGGUGGGUUUUUUGGUCAAAAAAUGGCGAUUUUUCUAAUGGUUUUGUUCGCUCACGGAGGGGGGGGGAGUUAAUAUUUUAAGCGUUUGCAGGCUUCUACUUGAAGCUGGAAAUGAUGAAAGUGAGAAUAAAAUCACAAAAUUGUUUGAAGAGGCGGGGAUUGCUGAGGAAAUUGAAAAGCUAGAUAAGAAUAUGAACAGUAAAAUUUAUUCCGAGUCAACUCAAAUUAUAGAAACAUACUUUUUGUCAAGUGGAAUUGAGCCUGAUAUUUCUACUAUGAAAGUGGAAAGUUUUAAAAUAAUUUAA